AAUUGCUUCAAAAAAGAGCAGAACAUUCGUCCCCCAAAAAGCGGAAGUGUGCGUUCCGUUUUAGUGUCCUCGUACGUCUACAAUGCAGAAUGUGGCCAUGCACUGCCCUUUUAGUUCCGUGGUGCGUGUUUGGUUCCGGGGGUCGAAGAGACGUGGCGAGAUAUUUUCAGGCCACACUGCACACCGCAGCCGCUGGUACGAAGAACUGGAUGGCAGGGUCAGACUGGAGCUCGAACGACAGGGUAAAAAUAGUCAUGCACGGUUAUUUUUAGUACUGAAAUGACAGCCUUUAAAAUGUCACAUUAUCCAGAAUGCAAAAAGACUAUGCUCAGGCCCAUGUUGGAGUGUGUUAGGACUGGAUCAGAAUGAAAGGACAGAGACUGGCGUUGUGUUUAACCCUGAGCGUCGCUGCCUUGCUGCUUCCUUUGUCGUGGAGCCACAGAUCCAGUGCUAAGAAGAUGCCCCAGACCGCGGUGGUGCAGGCUGCGGCUGGCACUCGCUGGUGGUGCGCCGAGGAGCUGCUGAGUUUCGGGGCGCUGUCGGAGCUCUUCAUGGGGGAGAGGGUUGACGCCUGGGUCUGCUCUCUCAUCGGCUCGGUGAUGGUCGGCCUCAGUGGCAUCUUUCCCCUCCUGGUCAUCCCCAUCGAGGCUGGGGCCGCCCUGAAAACCGAAGCGGGUUCCCAGAAGCUGAAGCAGCUGCUUAGUUUUGCGAUCGGUGGCCUGCUGGGUGACGUCUUCCUGCAUCUCCUGCCAGAGGCCUGGGCUUACUCCUGCAGCAGCAGUGGGACAGAUAGCCAGAGUCACCAGCAACACAAGACUAUGGGACUCUGGGUGAUAGCAGGGUUGCUGACCUUCCUCGUCCUGGAGAAAAUGUUUCCUGACAGAGAGAGGGAGGAAGAGGAUGAAUCACUGUCUAGCUGCACAGACUCUGAUGCCAGUUUUCACAAUGGAGCCUGCGCUGGACAGAUAACCUCUCUGAAAGACAAGACCAGACACUCCAAUGGUCACUGCAGUAACUCUGUGCUGAAGCCCAAGACAAUGUUACACCAGACUGCAGAGAAAAUAAAGACGAGCGGUUAUUUAAACCUUCUGGCCAACUGCAUUGAUAACUUCACACACGGACUGGCUGUGGGAGGCAGUUUUCUUGUCAGUAGAAAGGUCGGCUUUUUAACAACGCUGGCUAUUCUUCUUCAUGAAAUUCCUCACGAGGUGGGGGACUUUGCCAUCCUGUUGAGAGCCGGGUUUGACCGGUGGAGCGCUGCCAAGAUGCAACUCUCCACAGCGUUUGGGGGGGUGCUGGGAGCUGGCUUCGCAUUGUGUGCACAAUCCCCUAAAGGAGCAGAAGGCACAACCUCCUGGAUCUUGCCAUUCACUUCUGGAGGAUUCCUGUAUAUAGCUCUGGUCAAUGUAGUGCCUGAUCUUCUUGACGAGACCAAUCUUAGGCAGUCUGUCCUGCAAGUCCUGCUCAUGUGCAGCGGUAUUGCAGUCAUGGUCGUAAUGUCGGCAAUAAUUGAGUAAACUCUUCGGGAGCAGGGCCAUGUGACAAUCGGCAAGCUGGAAGAAGGACAAAAACAAUCGCACAACAGACCAUUCUACUCCGGAACUUGAAUUUCAAGUACCUUGUGUUUUUUUUAAGGCUUUAUUAAGUGUAAUGGAAGAUCGUAAUCAAAAAUUGAAGUGGACUGACAAUCUCUUCUGUUAUUUUUAAUUUAAAUAAUAGUAAUAAUAAUGAAUGUAGUCUUUAAAGAUACACUUGUAGCCACUUUUCUUCCCCCCCUACUAUUUAUAAUUCAAAAGCUGAAUUCAGUAUCUUUGAUAUGUUUAAAAAUAUUUAAAAGGGGGGGGUCGUGGGCAGGGCUGUUUUAGAACAAUUUACAGACUGAAAAUAAACCCAGCCAGAGCGCCAGGCCUGGAAAGUGCGGACUGAACUGAUGGAGUCUCCUGUGCCACUGAAUCCCAGAACAAUCUUCGGCUUGUACUCACCCACCAGGGACAGCACAGAAACCUCCGGAGAAACAUACGGAACUCCCCUCCCACCUCCAGACAGACGGACGCAACCCCCCUGCCACCUCCAGACAGACGGACGCAACCCCCCUGCCACCUCCAGACAGACGGACGCAACCCCCCUGCCACCUCCAGACAGACGGACGCAACCCCCCUGCCACCUCCAGACAGACGGACGCAACCCCCCUGCCACCUCCAGACAGACGGACGCAACCCCCCUGCCACCUCCAGACAGACGGACGCAACCCCCCUCCAGACAGACGGACGCAACCCCCCUCCCACCUCCAGACAGACGGACGCAACCCCCCUCCCACCUCCAGACAGACGGACGCAACCCCACUCCCACCUCCAGACAGACGGACGCAACCCCACUCCCCCUGCGGGACUCUCUGCUUGUGCCUGACAGAAUGCCAAAUAGUAUUAAGAUUCUUACACUGUACAAGAAUUUUUUUUUUCCCCCCCUAAUAUUGUCUUCCGAACUGUUGUCGGAUUCAUUUAACAACAGUCUAGUUUAAGAAUCUUGUCUAUAGCUUUUAAAAGGGGAUCUAUCUACCAGUGGGGAAAAUGAAAGUUUUACUGGGAACCUGAUUGGUUGAGACGAUUCGCAAGGUUUAUAGUUCUUAUUUAAGCACCCUGGUAAUUGUGUAAAAGGAUGUUACUCUGCUUUCAUUACAGCAACUUUUUACAGACACUAAAUACGACCCUUGUUGCAAAUCUCUUGUUAUAGCUACCUCCUGAUUUUUCUACUGUUUACCUCGCAUAUAUAAUAAACCUUAAGUCCUGCGUAAGGGAUCUUCAACUUGCACCUCAUUAUAACUAGGGUUUCACACUAUAAAGCAAAACGCAUUUAAGUUCAGACCUGAAGGAUAGACCAGAGCCCCUCAUUAUGACACCUAAAGAGCGUGUUUCUCUGCAGUGGUGUUGCAGCUCUGGCUGUAAACUCUUCCAAAAUUCUAGUUUAAAAUUCUGAUUUAAGAAAAUGUAUAGGUUUUGUUUGGUACUAAAAUAUUUAUAUAUUUGACAAUGGAAAUAAUGUUAUUUAAUUUUUAUUUUUUUUAAAACGUAUUUUUCUAUUUAUCUUCCUAUAUCACAAUUUUAAAGAGGCAAAUUUAAUAACACUCCAUGGGGGAGGGGAGGGAACACUUGUCAGACUUUGCUUUUGAAGUGCUGUGAUGUUAAUGGCCCUCUCCCUGUGUGAUGAUGGCUGUCCCUGUAUUCUGAAGAGAGCUGUCAGGUUCACUGUCAGGUUCCACCUCCUACCCCCUUUACCACCACCAGCUAUUACUUCAGCCUGUCAUCAGCCUUAAUAAAUAAGCAAUAAUCCGAAUGGGCUGUUACACUGUGUGAGACACUGAUCUGUUACACUGUGUGAGGCACUGAUCUGUUGCACUGUGUGAGACACUGAUCUGUUACACUAUGUGAGACACUGAUCUGUUACACUGUGUGAGACACUGAUCUGUUACUAGCUGUCUGUCAGAGGGUGGUGUUAGUGAUUUCUGUUGUCUCACGUUGGCUUUACCAACAGUAAAUUCUGCUAGAAGGCAUUCUUCCUCCCAUUGGGCAGAGCAUGCCUGCACAUGUCUUCUUCUCCAGACACCUUUUAAUGAGAGACAGAUGGGAUGGUCUUGGUUGUACCUGAGCUUUGCUAUGCAGUGGCCGGUGAAAAUGUUUGAGCAUUCUGAAGGUUGUGAUUUACAUGCCUGUGCAAUACUGUUUGGUAAAAGGCAAGUCUCUUUUUAACCUGUGUUCUCCCAAGCAAAAUAAUAAUAGGUCUUUUACUUUCUAUUUUCUGCAGAAUUCAUCUUUCAGGAGUUGACAUCAACUUGUAUCAAAAUGUAAUUUCAAAUACAGGGUGAUUUUAGAAAGUAAGUUUACCACUCCAACACACCAUAUCAUUCAUGCGGUAAAUGUACUUUCUAAUCACCCUGUAAACGUCCUUUCUCAAUCCAAAAGCUGAGUUAAUCAACAGAAAGAAAAGGAGAAUAAAAAAAGAGCAAGGGUGGUGUGAGUUUGUUCUGGGCUCUUUGAUAUUCUUCAAUGUUACCCUUUCUUUUGUAUUAACUCUCAAUAAGAGUUUAGCAAAAACCUAUGGUGGUGUAUAUUUGAUAAAGAGCCUAUGAGGGAAGAAAAGCUGGUGUCGAUUAGUUUAAUCAAAUCUGAGUAUUUUCUUUUUGAAGAAGGCAGCCAGUAAACCAAUACAACAUGUUAGGAGCUGUUGGUAUUUCCAUGCAUAAAGGUGAGGUUUUAGUGAACUUUCUUUUCAGACACUUUGAGACCAGCAAUGACCAACUCCAAAAUCUCUGGACUUUCUUGGACGUCAUUUCGUAUAGAUAACAAAUUUUAUUCUGCAUAUACUUUUUAUCAGAGCUAUUGUACAUGUUGUUGAUGUCUCUGUAAAUAUUUUGCAUGUCUAUAGAAAUAAACUGUGCAUAUAAUGUG